AGUAUAACGAGAGAGAGAGAGAUUGCUACGGUUGAAGUAUCCCUAGUUACCCGCCAAUAUCGGUGGGAAAAGAUACCUUAGAAUCUUCUGACGCUUCUCGAUUUGAUUAUUCUUCUGGGGGGUUUGGGUUUAUCAUGAAUUUGUAGAUCCAUCUAUUUGGAUUCUCGAAAAUUCUGCUUUCAAAAUAGUUUUCAAGAACAACAAUGGAGACUCGCCCUUUUAGGUCAACUCGGAGGGAGUUGAGUAACCUUGCGCACACUUCUUCAGUACCAAGCCCUUCCGUCGAAGCAGUAGACAUAUCCUUCAGUUCAGAACGCAAUCAAUUCAUGGAAAGGCCGCCCUAUCAUUUACUCUCUGAUGAUGGUGGAGCAGCAGUUGGCCACAAUAAUAUAUAUUCAAAUGAUCACCACAACCACCCUUCCAUGAUGUCUCACAUUGGAAGCAGCAGUGACAUACCUUUCAUCUCUAAUAUUUUAGAUUGGGAACCAGCUUCAAUCCCUGAUGACCUUUUUGGCUUUCCUUUGGAUAUUCCCAUUCGAAUGGAGGAGGAGGAGGAUGGUGGCAUCCUGACAUCUGAUAAUGACAUUAUUCCCAGACAAAGUGACUUGGCAGAAUUGAUUACUGAUGAUGAGAAUCCAUUAAUGUCUACUCUCUGGAACGAUCUUUUCCUUGACACCAGUUCCACCUCUCCUGCUUCCAAGGUCCGGGAACCAACUCUGCAAUCACAGAUUCAACAACCCCGACUCGUUCUGCACCAGACUUGUCCUAUUGCUAGGACAGACAGCAACAACAGUUUCACCAGUAAUAAUACUGCCGCGGCAGCAGCUAAAGGACGUGUGCGUUGGACACCAGAACUUCAUGAAGCUUUUGUUGAGGCUGUUAACCAGCUUGGUGGCAUGGAAAACGCAAAACCCAAGGCCGUGCUGAAGCAUAUGAAAGUUGAAGGCCUGACUAUAUAUCAUGUCAAAAGUCAUUUGCAGAAAUAUAGGACAGCUAGACACAUACCAGAACCAUCACAAGCAGGUUCGCUCGAGACGAAGUUGACACCUCGUGAGCAUGUUACAUCUCUUGAUACGAAAGGGGGGAUGUAUAUAACUGAGGCGCUGCGAAUUCAGAUGGAAGUUCAGAAGCAACUGCAUGAACAGCUCGAGAUUCAAAGAAAGAUGCAACUUCAGAUAGAAAAACAGGGUAAAGCACUGCUCAUGAUGAUUGAAAAGCAAAAUUUGGGUUUUGGCAAACCGGAGAAAGAAGAAGAGGAGGCAGAUUCUCGGAGAUCAAAGCGUCCGAGAAACAAUGAAUGAAGAGAAUGGGUUCUCCAAACGUGAGAUACAUCAGAAAACUGAAAAUGAUGUUUUUGUGAAGUAGAGUUUUGACUUAUUAGAUUAGGAGCUUUCUUAGUGCCUUUUCUCUCUUGGUAAAACUGUUUUCUGAUUCAGCUCAGUAGGAAGAAACAAAAAUAAAGAGCAAUAGGUUUGAUAGAAUUUUCCAAUCUUUGGGAUGUAAUCUGAAUGCAGAUUCUAGUUUUAAUUAGUGUUAGGUAAAUUAAAACUAAAUGAUAUUUUCGACUUU